AUGGCUGAACGAUUCGUUGAAGAAGGGGAAGCAUCAUCUGAGGCUCAAGCAUUCCACUCUGAUGAGUAUGAAGGAGCAUCGGCACCAGGUGGAGCUAGCGACAUCAGAAUUGAAGAUGUUUUCGCUGACAUUGCAAGAAAAUUCACGUCGUUCAUUCAUUUCAAAAUGUUUGCCUUAUCUGGAAAUGGUCUCGGGCUCAGUGCUGGAGAAGUUUCAACAAUCAUUGCAGACAAUCCUGAUUCUGUUGAAGAUAAAAAGUUUGGAAUGCUUGAUCUUUGGAAAGAAAAAAAUGGAACGAGGGCAUCACCGACUCAUAUAGCAGAGAUUAUCAAGCAAUAUUUCAGGCAAGAGAGAGGUUGUGUCACUGGUUCAAGAAUCGAGGAUGCUUUCCUAGCAGUUCCUAAAGUCUUCGACAACGCUGCACUGUUCCAAAGAUUCGCAUUGUCUGGGAAAGGUUUAUUGCUCAGUAUGCACGAGGUUGGAAACAUAAAAGAAAAUGCAAAAAAUGUGGAAGAGAGGAAUCUGGAUUUGCUCGUUUUGUGGAAAUUGAAAACUGGAGAUUCAGCAACAACUGAAAAAAUCUGGCAACUAGUAAAUGCUUUCCUGGAUGAAAGAGGAGAAUCUCACCCAGAUCAGCCUCCACUGCAUCCUCGUCCAAUGGAACUUCCUGUAGCUGAGGAGAGAGCGGGUGACGCUGAACCACUCAGACCUGAUGCUGAACCAUCUCAGGCUGAUCCAAGACCAGUAAGGCAGGAACCUGCUGAACGAUUCGUAGAAGAAGGGGAAGCGUCAUCUAAGGCUCAGCCGUUCCACUCUGAUGAGUUUGAAGGAGCAUCGGCACUAGAUGGAGCUAAUCAGUCUCCUCUGCAUCCUCGUCCAAUGGAACCUCCUGUAGAUGAGGAGAGAGCGGGUGACGCUGAACCACUCAGACCUGAUGUUGAACCACUCAGAUCUGGUGCUGAACCACUCAGACCUGAUGCUGAAACAUCUCAGGCUGAUCCAAGGCCAGUAAGGCAGGAACCUGCUGAAAGAUUCGUAGAAGAAGGGGAAGCGUCAUCUAAGGCUCAACCGUUCCACUCUAAUGAGUCUGAAGGAGCAUUGGCACCAGGUGGAGCUAUUCAAAUCAGUUCCGAAGUUUCAGCUGUACUUGGAUCUCAAGGAGCAAGAAAGCCUGUAUCAGUUUCAUUUCCAAAAGGGAAGUUUGAUCGAGCUCACUUUGGGGAUCAACAUAUUGCGACUCAAAAUAUAACGAACUACUAUGGUCCUGUGGUUAAUCAAGAUUCUGCUCAACAAAAUCGAAAAGGUGCACCGGGUGCUAUGAAAGCUGCUGUAGGUUUGGGUGAAGACGAUGAAAAGGUUCAGAUAUUCAAGAAAGAAAUCAACGAUUUUAACGAGGAAAAAUGCACAGCCAGCUUCAACUAUCGGAUGUCUUACAACUCCGAAAAUCAAGCAUUCAGCCUCGUACAGUGGAUUAACUGUGCUGAUACUGUACAAAAACCUCAAUCCCAAAAAAAUGACCGACAUCCUGCUUCUCGUCUGCUGAAUACCAUGAAAUCAGAGCAUAUGAGAGCAGGUGGAAGAGAGGAUGUAUCCAUUUACGAAGUUUCAACAGGUUGA